AUGACACCAGUGACUGUGUAUGUGCUGGCUGAUGGGGAAGCUUUGGAGAGAGACUGUGAGCAGAUCCACAGGCGGUCGGCGCGGCUGAGGAACACAAAAUACAAAUCCGCCCCGGCUGCCGAAAAGAAGGUUUCUACCAAAGGCAAAGGGAGAAGACACAUUUUCAAGUUAAAGAACCCCAUCAAGGCUCCUGAGUCUGUAUCGACAAUAAUUACAGCAGAAUCCAUCUUUCAUAAGGGAGUGUACUAUCAAAUUGGAGAUGUUGUUUCAGUGGUUGAUGAGCAUGAUGGAAAAACAUACUAUGCUCAGAUUAGGGGGUUUAUUCAGGACCAAUACUGUGAAAAGAGUGCUGCUUUAACAUGGCUCAUUCCUACUGUAGCCAGUCCUAAAGACUGUUUUGACCCUGCAUCCUAUAUCAUAGGACCAGAAGAAGAUCUUCCAAGGAAAAUGGAAUACUUAGAAUUUGUUUGUCAUGCACCUUCAGAAUAUUUCAAAUCUCGAUCAUCUCCCUUCCCUACUGUUCCUACUAGACCCGAAAAAGGCUAUAUCUGGACUCAUGUUGGACCUACUCCUGCAAUCUCCAUCAAGGAAACUGUUACCAACAAUUUAUAGUCCUUAAGUACUCUUUAAGCAUAUGCUGGCUGUAUUCUGAGCCUCUAUCAUCUAUUACAAGAAGUUUUUUAUUUCUAUAAACUGGUUGACCACAUGUAUUAUGGUGGUGGUUAUUUUUUUUAAUUAUCUGACUUGGAAAGAAAUGUAUAUUUAAUGCUUCCAUUCCCCUUUUUUGCUCCAAUUAAAGCCACUUUUUUGCCACCAUUGCUCAAAUAUGAGGAACUACAAGUAUAGUAUUUUCCUUGCUACUAUCAUGAGUUAGUGAUUUAUUUCAGUUGACUGGCC